AGUCUAAUUUGUCUAGUCUGGCAACACUUUUUCAUUGUAUGUCAAUUUUUUUCGUAAUUUCGUGACUGACUGACAUGUGAAGGAAGAUUGUGAAGGAAAUAAAACGUUGUUGUGGCGUUUUUCUUACUUUGUAUUAAUUUGUUUGGCUCAGAACAUAUUGUUUCUGAGGUAUUUUAAUAAGUUGAUGUAUUUACAUAAAGUGAACUAAAAUGAAGCGAAGUUCCGAUGCUAUGAAUUCAUCCAUUGAAAUAAGUUCCUAUCGUGAUCAGCACUUCAAGGGAUCUCGUAGUGAACAAGAAAAGUUACUGAGAGCGUCAUCAACCCUGUACGUGGGAAACCUUUCGUUUUAUACAACAGAAGAACAGAUAUACGAAUUAUUUUCAAGAUGCGGUCAUAUAAGAAGAGUUAUAAUGGGUUUGGAUAAGUAUAAAAAAACUCCUUGUGGAUUUUGCUUUGUGGAGUAUUAUGAGAGACCUGAUUCUGAACAAUGUAUGAGAUAUAUAAAUGGCACAAGACUUGAUGAUAGGAUCAUCCGUUGUGAUUGGGAUGCUGGGUUCAUUGAAGGAAGGCAGUAUGGACGAGGCAAAACUGGUGGACAGGUACGAGAUGAAUAUAGGACUGAUUAUGAUGGUGGCAGAGGUGGCUAUGGCAAAAUCAUUGCACAGAAAAUAACAACAACUCCAAUGGAACGUUGAUGUUUUAGUGAAGUGAAUUGAGUGUAUUAUUUUAAGGCCAGAACUUUGUGGAAGACUGUGAAAUUGUAUUUACCGAUGACAACAUUCUAUUACAACUGAAUGAAUUGAUGUAUUAAACAUUUUUCAGCCA